AUGUCAACACACUUAGCAGAGACCCGACGAGCCUGGGCAACACUUGAAAAAGCAAAGAACAGCGACUUUAUCGUUCUCACUGGCGAUAAUGACUCACUUGGAUUGGCACAUGUUGUUGCUGUGGCUAGAUUCAUGGUGCACACUAUCCCGUCAAAAUCGGAAAGAAUUACAAAACGCAUUCAAGAUGGGAUUGACACAUUGGAGCUGCAUUUGAAUAAUGGGGAAGAUAUUUAUGGUGUCAAUACCGGAUGUGGUGGAAACGCUAGUACACGAACCAAGAUGCAUGAAGACCUCCAGAGAGGAUUUUUACAGCACCAUCAAGCUGGAAUUUUGCCAGGACUUCCAGAGGAUUAUGAUCGAGCCUACGCUCUGCCCCGUGAUCUGACACGAGGUGCGAUCCUUCUACGCAGCAAUUCACUCCUUCGAGGACACUCAGCUGUGAGAAUGCAGGUAAUCGAACUCCUCACUCACGCACUCAAUGCCAAUAUCACACCUAUCAUUCCUCUCAGGGGUAGCAUAUCCGCAUCUGGUGAUCUUUCACCCCUUGCAUAUGUUGGGGGACUGCUUGAAGGAAAUCCGGACGUAUUCGUGUGGGUCAAACCCGAUAGCAAUGACAGGCUGGGUAAGGUGAUGCCAGCUGCGGAUGCACUACGGUUGGAGAACAUCUUGCCAAUUACCCUGAGGGCCAAGGAAGCCCUUGGGGUAAUGAACGGAACCGCACCGAGCGCUGCUGCAGCUUCCUUGGCGCUGUAUGACACCAAUAAUCUCGCAGUUCUCACACAACUGUUGACGGCAAUGGCAACAGAAGCCCUUUUUGGAACAAUUGAUGACUAUCACGACUUCAUCUCGCAUUGCCGUCCACAUUCGGGUCAAAGUGAAGUAGCCGAUAACAUUCGGUCUUUCCUAACUGGGUCCCGGCUUUGUCAAGAGUUCAAGGCCAAACAGCAAGGACUUGUGCAAGAUCGGUAUGCUCUACGAACUGCACCUCAAUGGAUCGGUCCUCUACUCGAGGAUCUUUUGCUUGCAAGCAAGCAGCUCACCACAGAGAUCAACUCGUCCACCGACAAUCCUCUGAUAGACGCGGGAGGCGAUCGCUUCCACCACGGCGGUAAUUUCCAGGCGGCAUCUGUGACAUCGGCCAUGGAGAAGGUCAAGACUGCUCUGGUCAUGCUCGGCCGGCUUCUUUCUUCACAAUGUCAAGAAAUUAUCAAUCCAACACUGAAUAAAGGACUGCCACCUAACCUUUGCUUUGACGACCCCAGUCUCUCGUUUACCUGCAAAGGCAUCGACAUCAAUAUGACGGCCUACCUCUCUGAGCUAGCCUUCUUGAGCAACUCCGUGGUCAGUCAUGUGCAAGUUGCUGAGAUGAACAAUCAAUCAGUGAACUCUCUGGCCUUAAUCGCAGCUCGGUAUGCAUCAGAGUCAGUUGAUAUUGUGACUAUGAUGUGCUCGGCACAAUUGUAUGUCCUUUGUCAAGCCCUCGAUCUACGUGCUUUGGAAAAGGAUUUCUUUGGAGCGGUUGAGCCACAAUUAUCAGCACUUUAUGACGACAUAUGGUCUCCUGGAACCGAUCAGGUUGUAGCAUUCAGUGAUGUAUGGGAGGUCAUGGCUGCGUCCUGGCACAGAAACACCCAAGUCGCCCCGAAAAUUCGGUAUGAAGAGGUUGCCAAAGACAUCACACAUUUUAUUUUCGAUCACCUUUCCAUGACCACGUUGGCCACCUCCUUCAGUUCGGCAAUAUUGAAGUGGAGAACUACUACAGUAUCGAUAUUGUCCCAAGUCGACCGAAAGACUCGCAGCCAUUUUCUGGAUCGGCAAUCUACACCAAAAUAUUUGGCAGCAAUGACCAAGGAGAUAUAUAACUGGGUUCGUCAGACGCUGCAAGUUCCACUGCACCAGGGUCUGGUUGAUCACCCUGGUUUCGCGAGAGACGGCAAGGAUGACCCGGUGAAGAAGACCAUUGGGACGAACAUUACAAAAAUUUACACGGCUAUUCGCAAUGGAGAGGCGGUCGAUCUGCUUCACAAUGCGAUGCAGACACUAUCCUAG